CUGAAAUUGCGCGAGCUCGUGAAAUUCCUGAGAGUUCUGGCUUAACAUGAAUCACGCCUUGAAAUCAGGCUAGGUCUGACAAUCACAUUCACAUCAUGAAAUCUGUAAAAUGUGUGUUGCAACCACCCCAGCAGUGGGAAGGGGAGCAUAAAAACAAAACUAUUGCUACAUGAUCACAAUAGAUCCUGCACUCGUGGUCAGCGCAGUGACGCCGUUAUUGCCCUCCCGAAGGAACCAAGAGAGAGAAAAAUAACAUAUUCCGGAAGUUUACCGACACCUGCGACCAUGAUCGCCUUAACAUGGAAACUUUUCUCUCAUCUCGGGGAUUGUAAGAACUUCUAACACUGCAGAAAUAUUGGGAACAGCUCGAGCAGGUGUGCAUGUGUGGUAGUGUUCUGAGAUGACAUCCCCAUGGUGCAUGCUCGGAAACAAGAUCACUGCUCUCGGACGUGCCGAUCUGUCCAAACAUACACACAUGCCACGCUCCGGCCUACUGUGUUUAGUGCUCUUCCCUGAUGGCACGACGCAAAAUUUUACUGUCAAUAAACAUGAUGCUGGUCAUCUGCUCUUUGACUUGGCUUGUGAACACCUAAACAUAGUGGAGAAACAGUACUUCAGCAUGCAGAUCAGCGAGGACACGUCCAGUUCUCCGAGGUGGCUGGAUCCCAACAAACCCUUUAAGAAGCAGCUGAAGGGAUCUCCUCCAUUCUUUUUAAUGUUCCGAGUGCGGUUCUUCAUCUCUGACCCAAACUCCCUCCAGCAUGAGCAGACUAGGCAUUUUUAUUUCUUGCAAAUCAGGAAGGACAUCUGUGAGGGAAGACUGAAGUGUCCUUUAAGCUCAGCCGUGGUACUGGCUUCUUACUCCGUUCAGUCUGAGCUUGGAGAUUAUAACCCGGAAACUCCUACUGGAUACCUUAGUAAAACUCAUUUUAUUCCUGAACAAGACCAGGAGUUCCUUUUAAAGGUGGAGUCACUGCAUCCACAGCACAAAGGUCUCUCUCAGAGUGACGCCGAGCUGUGCUAUUUAAAUACAGCCAGAACAUUAGACCUGUAUGGAGUGGAGCUGCAUCAUGCUCAGGAUGCCAGCAACCCUGCCGUUUGGGUGGGCAUUACAUCAGGGGGCGUGGCCUUGUUUUGUCAUUUAAUUUGCUCCAGCUUUUUCCCCUGGAUUAACAUCAUCAAAAUUUCAUUCAAAAGGAAGAGGUUCUUUGUCCACCUACGCCGAAAACAUGGUGAGCUGGGCCACCAUGUGGUUUCUCUAUCCAUGCCAAAUUCACGUGCCUGUAAGAACCUGUGGAGAUCCUGCGUGGACCACCACACCUUCUACAACAGGAAACCAUCUCAUUCAGCUUCAAAACUGAGCUCUAUUCCCCUGUACCGAAAGCUGGUAGGAGAGCAAAUGUUGAACCCAAUGGUGAGGUCCAGCUCAGUGGAACAACUGGAGACCAAGAGUCUACCCUCACGGUCACCACCUAACACACCUAACUGGCGAAGCCCUCGUGUGCGUCAUGACUUCCGUAAUCCUCGGCCAUCAUCCGUGGACAACUUGACCAAUGAAAUGAGCUACGUGACCGAGAGCGAAGACGUGUUUUAUACCUACAGGAAACCUCAGGAGGAGGAGCGCAGGAGCGGCAGCUGGUCUCAUGGUGAUGACAUCACCAUUGAAGAGGAUGAUCUGCACGUCUGGGAUAAGAGUGUGACAGCGGAUGGUGAUCUGCUGCUUGUGAGGAUCAGCCCAGACCAAGAUGGCAAGUUUGGCUUUAAUGUCAAAGGAGGCGUGGAUCAGAAGAUGCCCCUGGCCAUCUCUCAUGUUAACCUUGCAUCUCCGGCCGGCCGCUGUGUGCCUCCACUGAUGGAGGGAGAUCAGGUGUUGCUUAUAAAUGGACGGGACAUUUCAGAACACACACAUCAGCAGGUGGUCAUGUUCAUCAAAGCAAGCCGAGAGUCACACAGCAAGGAGCUCGCAUUGCUUGUGCGCCGCAAAGGUGUCUCUUUACGAGUCGAACCCACACUACAGCUCGGUCUCACGCUUCCGGGUGAAAUAUCCCCACUGUCCACUCAUCCAUCUGGAGAGACACUAGAGGAGUCCAUGGCCCGUCUGGAAAAGGGUUUGGUCACUGGAACGCUGCUUCUGCACUUUGAGAAGUUGUACAGGAAGAAAGAAGGAAUGUUAAUGUCUUGCGCAAAGCAGUCUGAGAAUAUGGACAAGAAUCGGUACAAAGAUGUGUUACCAUAUGACAUCACCAGGGUGGUGCUGCAGGAGGAGGGGGACGAUUACAUCAAUGCUAGUCACGUGAAGACUGAGCCAGCAGGUUGUGUUUUGCAGUACAUAGCAGCUCAGGGUCCACUGCCGCACACCUGUACACACUUCUGGAGGAGCGUGUGGGAGCAGGACGUCAAUGUCAUCAUAAUGCUGACUACGCUGACAGAGAGAGGACGGACCAAGUGCCACCAAUACUGGCCACAUCCACCUGAAGUGAGGGAUUAUGGGUAUCUUCAGGUGUGCUGUCACUCAGAGGAGUGCAACCUGGCAUACGUUACCAGACAAUUAACACUCACUAACACUCAGUCAGGACAGCAGCGCUCAAUCACUCAUUUACAGUAUGUUGCCUGGCCUGAUCACGGGGUACCAGAAGAUUCCUCAGACUUCCUGGAUUUUGUCAAGUCAGUGAGAAGCAUGAGGCAGGAGUCUGUGCCUCUAAUGGUCCACUGCAGUGCUGGCAUCGGCCGGACGGGUGUUUUGAUCACCAUGGAGACCGCCAUGACACUGAUGGAGAAGGAAAAGCCAGUGUAUCCCCUAGAGGUCAUUACCCUGAUGAGAGAACAGAGGGCCAUGCUGGUUCAGACAUCGUGUCAGUUCACCUUUGUGUGUGAGGCCAUUCUGAGGGUGUACAGAGAGAAAGUCAAACCUAACAGUUGAUAACGGGGACGGUAGAGGAGUGUUUGAGGACACAGAAGUGAAGGAAGAAGCUCGGCCGCUGUGAUCCAGCUGUCAGUAAAGACUGGAUGAAAACGAGGCAGGAAGUAGAGGGUGUGCCUUGAAAAAGACGGAUGGGCAAUCUCUUCUCUUGCUGUGGCUCUCCUGACAGCUGUGCGGAUCAAGGAAGAACAUGAAGCACUUUGACACGUAGAAGCUUAUAGGACCCUACAGCACACUCUCUCUUGCUCUGUCCCACACACAAACACAGUGCUAUAUUUAGGUGAUUCUCACAAAAUCUGUCAAGACAUGUUCAGGUCACAUUUCAUCCUAAAAACACAAGGAAAUAAAAAUGUCAAAUAAAAUGCAAUCUAUUUAGAAAAUUUCAAGUGUGAUUUUAUUUUAUUUUAUUAAAUUAGUACAUUAUUUGCUGAUCAAUUGUGCAUAUUUACCACCCCUCCCUUAUCAUUUUCAUUACUGUAUUAACUCCUUGGCUAUUGUAUUUGUAUAGGUAUUAUUUACCACUGUAUUACAGUAAUGUUCUUGCAAUUACAUAAUUACAUAAAUGCUUACACGAACAAUUAUAUUUAAAUGUACAUACAUUUGUCAUAUUACAGUCAUAAGAAUUAGUUUUUGUGUUUUAUAAUUGGAACUGGGGUGAGGUACAGUGAGCUUAACUGUCUUAAAGCACAUGCGGUACAAACAGUUGUGGUGAUUACAAUAAGCUCAUUAAACUUCAAAUUUAUCGGAAGAAAUAUAUAUUUUAAUAUAAUAUAUUCUAUAUGUAUGUUUGUGUUCUCGGACAUUCUUAGUUUCUCUGGAUUUGCCAUGUAUAGUUUGUGGGGGGAAAACGGCUGUCGUUUGUAAAAAAUAAUGUUGUCAUUCACAGCAUAAAAUGACAAUUGGUGACAAUAUUAUUUUUUGGGCAACAUGAUACCAAUUUAUAGAUCAAUAUUUGAUAGAAUAAGCCUUAUUUACAUCAGAACAAAUGUAAACAUUUGUUGUUUUGUUUACUUAAAAAAAGCUAAAUUGUGACCUGAACACUUUGUGAGACUGACCUAUGUGCAGUCAAAUUACAACUAGAAUAAUUCAAUUCACCUCUGUUAAUAAAUAAAUAAAUAAAAUGUGCAAUUCUUA